AUGGCGCCAUACGUAUAUACGCCGUUGCCUCAAACAAAGCCUGAUAACCACUUCAUUCGAGUCCUUGAUCUUCUUCCGAGUCCCAGCCAAACCGAUGUUCUUAAGGCCCGCCUGCGCACCGUACGUCUUGAGGACAAACCAGAAUACGAGUGCCUCUCAUACUGUUGGGGAAAUACGUCCGAGAAGCAUGAACCCAGAGUUCUUCCAAACGAAGAGCACAGCGCCGAACCUCGCAACCUGAGCAUCGGAAAGAGCUUGUAUCAUGCCCUGCUUGCCCUCCGCCACCCGACGGAACAAAAGACAGUUUGGGCAGACGCUGCCUGUAUCAACCAGACAGAUGACGUUGAGAGAAGUAACAAGGUUGCUUACAUGGGCCCCAUUUAUUGGAACAAGGCAAGGACAAAUCUCACUCGCACGGAUAUUGAUAAUUUUGACACCGAAUCGUGGAACGCCGUUGCCGAGUUGUAUGCGAACCCGUGGUUUCGACGUUUUUGGGCACAGCAAGAAAUCGGUCUUUCUAGAAAGCCCUUCUUCUAUCGGGGAACGGCUGGUCCGAUUCGUCUCUUGGACGUGUUUGGUUUUGAUAUAUGGAUGGAUCACAACAAUGACGCUGGCGACCGUAUCAAAGAUCUCUUUAUCAAAGACGCUACCGCUGUCAAGAACACGCGUAACCUUUGUUUAGAUUAUGGACAAGCGACACAUCCAGGUUGGCUUCAAGGGGAAGAUCUCAAGAGUCACAUCAGGAACACGCCGUUCCUCCUGCUGUUGAAGAAUGGCCUCCAUUGCCAAGCAACAGAUCCUCGUGACCAUGUCUACGGUUUCCUUGGCCAUCCCUCUUCCAUGAAGCAGCAUGCCUACGGAGACCUUGGAAGUGAGGAUUACAUGCUGAACUACCGCGAGGAUACGAACCACCAUCCAAUCGUGGUUGCAGAUUACACAAAGCCCGUCGACGAAGUGUUCCUCGAGGUGGCUUGGAAGCUUCUACAUCAACAUCAAGACCUCCGGCCGCUUGGGAUUGUAUGUCAUAUUGAAGACUCCUUACGCUCCAACCUCCCGAGCUGGGUACCCCGUUGGAAUGAUGCUGGCGAGCACUUCUGCCCUAUCGGCGUCACACCAACGCUAUUUGGUACAAAGAUUGAGUACUUACACCAAAGCCAAUUGAGAGUAGCCCAUCACGAACUUUCAGUCGUAGGAGCAAUAGUUGCUGCUGUGUGGGAGAGUACUGCGUGGACUGAAAGUUUGAUCCGAGAAAGUGCCUCCAAAUUCGCGUAUCGCGGCGGACAUUGUGCAUUCGGAUAUAGGGCGCAGAGGCUAGUUUGCUACACGGAGUGCGGACUUCAGUGUUUGGCGCCAGAUAUUACACGUACAGGGGACAAACUUGCCAUUUUUGCAGAUGGCUUCACUCCCUUUGUGGUUCUUCAUGUUCAAGGAUCGGCAUACAAGCUCGUAGGGGCGGUGUAUGGUGUCUGGCUGGUCAGAUGGGAAGCUCGGUAA